ACCAAUUAUCUUCUCCUUAUCAUCGCCGCCGGUGAACCAGAAAAAAUGACAGCUUUAGUAUGAGUUCAAGAGGAAAGCGGGAGAGGGCGGCGACACCGCCGUCGAUCCCUCUCCGCAAGAGGCUUCGCCGCCCGCCGGUGACGGAAGCGCCCGAUGAAAACGACGAGGGAACGGCGAAGAGGGUCCCGUCGUCUUUGGUGGUGGUUACUGGGCUCCCAGCGGACUGCACGGUGCUGGAGCUCAAGUCCCGGAUGGAGAUGUAUGGCCCCGUAUCCCGCAUCCGCAUGGACGCUGAUGGCUCCGGGCACGUCACCUUCCGCUCAUCCACCGCCGCUGAGGCCGCCGUCUCCGCCGCCCUCAACCCUGACUUCGGCGUUCUCGUUCGAUCCCAGCGAGUGCAAGUAUGCCGAGGAACUGAUCCUUCAGUGCAAUGGAGAAUAGGUGUUCAAGUUUCUUCAACUUCCAGGCUACUCCGAGCUGAAAAACCCUUGAGCAAAUAUGGUAGAAGCAACAAAAAACUUGACAUUGGUGCAAAGAAUCCCACAAAUACAUCAGAGUUGCCUUCAAAGGGCAGGGAGAUUGUGGCUUAUGACGAUAUAUUUUGAAAAGGAAACAGGUCGACGAAUGCCUCCCAUGUACCCUCAGCUCUGUAGCUUCCUGACAAAAUCCUUGUCGAUAAUUUAAUAUAAUUAUUUGUUAAUGAAUAUCCUAAGCAAGGCGGCAAAACUUAAUCGCCGUACCAUUGUUUGUUAAAAGACAAGAUAUGCCUGGUAUUGUAACAUUGCUUUCACAUAAAAGUCCAGAAAUUUGGUUCA